GAAAUCUCAGCACGGAUUCAAAAAGCUCGUUUGGCUUUUGCCAACUUACGUCAUUGUGGGAUGGGCCACGUGUUACGUAUGCCUGAACAUCGAUUACCACGACGCGCAAUGUUAACUAGUGUAGGGGAUGGUUGGAAGAGAGUUAGAGGCGGCCAAACCAAAACAUGGCAUCAGUGCUUGAGGUCACUAACUUCUAGUCUGAGCCAUGUUGGCAAAUGCAGACUACCUGGUUGGGGUGCGCGUGACUAUCGUAACCAAUGGUUGGAAACUCUGAGUGACAUGGCUCAGAAUCGAUCACAAUAGCGUAGGAGUAUACACUCUUUAUCUUCCUUUAAACCUUGAGAUUAAAAUUGCUUCAUAACUUUUUUUCCUUCCUAUACUAUAUCCUUCUAUACAACCUUUCUUUAUAUACUACCACCACUAAAUUAAUUGCUUCUAUGAAUCCGGUGUUGAUCUUGUUGUGCUAACGAGGUAUGGCAACUUAGACCGAUGCAUAUAUAUGCCUAGUCCUACGUUGUAGCUGACUGACCUACCAACCAUAAUGUUAAAACUAGUUAUCAAAAUUGUUGACUGGUUCGAACUACACAAAACGAUCAUUAUUAAUUAGUUAAACUUGGUAAUUGCAGCAUCUGGCUUCAAACCACUUAGUUCCUGUGAUUUUCUUUAUUCGACCUUAUCUUCUUGACAGGUCCAAUCUUCUGUGUAGUUUAAUCUGUACCGAUUAUCUAGGAAUUUGGAGAUAUCAAACGUUCUUAUUAAAAAACUAGCUAUUCACAAUGGCGAUUCUUAAUGACUUAUCUAGAUGCAUUGUGGCCGUGUCAUAUGCACUGCUUUUGGUUGCUUCAGUAAUACUUAUAGCUAUUGGGGGGAGCAUACUUGUAAUUGCUGCGCGUUACAAACACGUUGUGACUGUAACAAACCUACAAUUUCCUGGUUAUAUUGUGCUGGGCACAGGAUUAUUGCUCCUGUGUGCUGGAUUGAUUGGUUUCAUAGCCUGCAUAAAACAUAGUCGCUGUCUACUUGUGUUGUUGUAUGUAUUAUUGCUCACUAUUUUACUAUGUAAACUGGCUGUUAUAAUCGUUUCUAUAUUUUACUGGCCAAAAAUUAGAGAACAAAUAAGUGGAGUACUUCAUGAAGAUCUGAAGAUGUAUGAUAAAGUUGCUGAAGUUCGACAGAUUGUCGAUUUUAUCCAGUCAAAUUUUGAGUGUUGUGGAGUGGAAAAACAAUCAGAUUGGAAAUAUUACAAUAACGGCAGUUAUCCUCGAAGUUGUUGUAAAAAUUGUCAGCUAGAAGAAUCGUUUAGCAAUAAAGAGUGUAUCUAUUAUCAGUAUGGCUGUCUCAAUUUCUUGGAACGUGAAGUUAAGAUAUAUUUGGGUUAUGUCAUUGGAUCCGCAUGUACCUUUUUCUUGUUGCAACUCAUCGGUUUGCACAGCAUAUGCGUUGUGAUUUGUCGGUCUCAGUCGAUCCAUCGUUGGCAGAAUGAGGGUUAUAUUAGUAUAUAAUCUAUCUUGAUCAAGUUCAUGGUUGAUUUUGGGUACUAAGUGUUUUGUAUUUCUACAAAGGAGGUAUGUUGGAUUCGUAGUGCUCCCUACCCAAGCUAAAUACCCUGCCUCUUUGGACAUAGAUCAUUCGUUGAUUUCACUGACAAACCAUUCAGGAGGACUAUUGUACGCUUAUUCAUUUUAUUGUUUAUAAUUCUGUAUCUAUUUCAUAAUCAAAUACAUUAAAUUAUUAAUUAAACU